UACUCAUAGUCAUGUUUAUUAAACUUUCCAUUAGCUAAGACCAACGUAAUUGACGUGUCAUAAUUGCAAAGUUGAUUAUAUCUUUUUCUAACAUCAGAAUGCUUUGCCUAUAUCUAAAAACAAAUAUUGCGAAGAUAUUCCAGCUGGAUCGCAAUACUCUUGAUUCACAUUGUAGACUAAGAUCUUUUCAGUACAGCUUUAGAUGUAAACCGCAAGCAAAAUACAUUCUUCGGCCACAUACUCGUAUCAACAGUGAAUAAUUUUCCGUAAGAAUUAUUCGGCCUUCAGCAAGGUUGUUUGGUGCAGCUAACGACGAAGUUGACGAACCAGACGAUACCCCAUUCCGCGAGUGUGUCAGUACUCAGGAAACCGCCGCCCGUAAGGUGUCUCACCACUCGUGCCACCUUCUAUGAGCCAAGAUUUUGGAAAAAUUUCACUUUCGUUGGCAAUCUGUCCGUGUGUGAUCGCAAUCGUACUAUUGUGGACGCAACUAUUGCAUUUCCUCUGCAUGUAGUUGAUAUCAUCUAAUCGGCGGCUGAUAUUUAACUUUUAAUUGAAGCGCGUUCGCGAGAUUAGUGAAUAGCAAACUCGUUAGGUACAAAGACCAGCGCCGUGGCUGUAAGUUGAAGUAAGACAUAAACAAACAAUAAAAGAAAUUGCAUAAUACCGGACGGACAAGAAGAAGUGCACGUUAAAUAGGUAGGCUAUCGGCAGGUGAAUGUGAAAUGUGGUUACACUGAAUCGAUGCAGAAAUAGCCGAUGGUUUGUUGACUCGAGCAUUUCAAGUUGUUCACGCCGAAACGGAAAAAAGUGUUAUUUAAGUUGGCUGUUUGGUGCAUGUUAAUUUAGAGAAAUGAGAUCUCACCUGUUAUUUUUCUUCGCGCAUUGCUGUGGAUUACUUUUAUCGGCACUGGUGAUGCCAAAAAGUGCAUCUGCUUAUGGAUUCGGAAGAUGCCCCAAAUACCCGUCGAUGCCGAAAUUCAACUUAACCAGGGUCUUAGGACAAUGGUAUGAAGUAGAAAGAUCCUUCUACUUGCCGGAACUAGCUUCAGGAUGUACAACGCUGAGUUUCCAACCAGAAGAAUCUGACACAGGAUUUGAUGACGGCUACAGAAUAGAAGUUUCUAUUAAAACUAUAAAUCGUCUUACAGGAAAUCCGUCCAUAAGUAUCGGAUAUGCGACUCCAGAAACAAACAAAUCGUCUAUAAUGGAUUUCAAGUUCAACUCAAGGCUGCCCGAAGUGAUCGCUCGCCUCCUUCCCGGCUCAGGUAAAUACCAAGUGCUUUACACCGAUUACGAUAAUUUCGCGAUUUUGUGGUCAUGCUCGAGCCUUGGACCAAUUGGACAUGCUGAUCAGAUUUGGAUUUUCGGACGCGAACGAGAUUUCUCAUCGGACAUUCGUGUGAAAAUAUACGGAUCGCUGAAUAAGCUAGGCCUUGACCCGGAUCGACUCGUGCUGAGCAAGAAUAAGAACUGCCCAGCAACAUUAUAAGCCGCAAGAACAGUAGAUUGUAUGUACGUGCGUAAGUUUCGAAAUAAGGCUAUUUAUGGAAAAGCUGCUGGUGCUGGUGCGAAAUUGCAAAUAAACAUUCAACUGGGGUCCAUUGGCGGUACGUAGUGUAAGACUGUGAUAGAAAUUGUUUGCUUCCAAGCUUUCGAUGUACCGAAGUGAACGUAUGAUGUGUUUGUAUGACUGAUUAUUGAGUAAAUGUUAAUUAAUAAACGUACUUUGUAAUAAAUAAAUGCGCAAAUGAUAUUUGUCAUUUCAA